AAACAAGAUGAAAAAGCAUAAUUUCUCGAAAAAAUGGCGGAAACUAAGUGGAGAAGAUAACUGGGAUUCCCUCUUAGAACCUCUUGACAUCGACUUAAGACAUUAUCUCCUUCAUUAUGGCGAAAGAGUUCAAGCCAACUAUGACACUUUCAUUGUUGAUCGCAGGUCAAGAUAUGCAGGUGCAAGCAAAUUUUCAGAAAAUCAAUUGUUUUCAGGCGUUGGUUUAGAUAAGGGCCAUCCUAUAAAGUACCAUGUAGUUAAGUACCUUUACUCCACAUCCACUUCUCCUGAUGCUCCUCAAUCCUUCCUUUUAAGGUCUCUAAUGAAGGACCCCUGGUUGGGGCAAUCCAAUUGGAUGGGAUACAUUGCAGUGUCUACAAAGAAGGCGAAGCGUUUGUUGGGAAGGAGGGAUAUCAUGGUUUCUUGGAGAGGAACUAUACAAGCAGCAGAAUGGGUUGAGAACUUUGAUUUCCCGUUAGUGUCGGCCUCCAGUGUAUUCAAGGAAUCAAAGUGUACGCAAGUGCAUUCGGGGUUUCUUUCCAUAUAUAUUUCUAGUCAUCCGGAUUCACGUUUCAAUAAAACCAGUGCCAGAGAUCAGGUCUUGUCUACAGUGAAGCAACUAGUAGAAAAAUACGAGGAGGAAGAAACGAGCAUAACAGUAAUCGGACAUAGUCUAGGUGGGGCAUUGGCAACACUAUCAGGAGGUGACAUAGCAGUCAACGGCUACAAUAAGCCAAAAUCCGAAAACAAAAAACCAGUACCCGUAACAGUGUUUGCAUACGGAAACCCCUUUCUUGGAAACUUGUGUCUUCAUGAACUUCUUAACAAGCAAGAACAUCUACGUAUCUUACGAACUGUUAAUGUGAUAGACUAUAUACCACUCUUACCCCCGCUUGUAGGGUAUAUACAUGUUGGUCGUGAACUAUACAUUGAUACUCGAAAAUCUGUUUAUCUAAAACCUACGGAGAACUAUGCAAAACGACAUAACAUGGAGGCUUCUUAUUUGCACGGACUUGCAGGGUCACAUGGAGUUAACGGUGAAUUUCGGUUGGAGGUUGAUAGGGACAUCGCACUUAUAAAUAAGCGCUCCAAUUUGUUGAAAAAACACUAUAUGAUACCUGAAAAUUGGUGGAUUCAGCAAAAUAAGGGAAUGAUUCAAAAGUCCAAUGGAUCUUGGAAGCUGCGGGAGAUUAAGGGAUACCCUAUGGAGGAAGGAAAUAGUCGAGACCACCAAGAUCUGGAAGACAAAAGCAAUCAAGAGCUUAAACAUGACGACAAAAUUGAUAUUGAGCUUGAGCUUAAAGAUGAAGACGAGGUCAUAGAAAGAGAUGACCUAAAUGACGACGAUUAA